AAUGAUUGCUUCGAAGCUGUAACUCAUCAAGUGCGUGGAGUUUGUCGUAGCUAACUAUUUCCCAAAGAGGAAAUCAUGGUACCAGGCAUUAGAUAGGAGAUUGUCGUACCCAUGCUACCACCAAGAGUCCAAGACUAAACGUGUGGGGUAGAUCCCAAGAAACAGGUGCAGUUUGAUAGUUACAUUGCGGUAGGAGGUUAGUAGACAGGCUAAUUGGAACUUCAACCUUACCCGAUGCGCCAUCGUUGGUAAUUACUACUCCAUCCGAUAAUUGCUGCAGCGCCAUGGAUGGGCAAAUUGACGACUUCGUCUUCGUUAGCCACGAAGAUGCCGAUUUCGCACAACUCAAGCUCGGCUAUCUUGGCGAGAUUAGUGAUUUCAUUGACAACAUAGCAGAUGACUUGUGGCCUGUGAACAAGAAAAUCCAUGAUAAUCCUGAGCUGGGCUAUGAGGAAUUCAUUGCUCAUGAGACCCUAACAAAGUUCAUGGCUAGCAGGCCAGGAUGGAAAGUGACUCCGUCUGCCUAUGGCCUGGCUACAGCAUGGGUUGCUGUAUUUGAUAGUAAAAAGAAAGGUCCUGUGGUAUCAUUUAAUGUGGAAAUGGAUGCAUUGGAUGGGAUUGGACAUGCGUGCGGCCACAAUCUCAUUGCCACCGCAUCUGUAGCUGGCGGAUUGGCGACGGCCAAAAUAAUGGAAGAGUAUGGAUUGGGUGGGAAAGUUGUCAUGUUUGGAACUCCUGCAGAGGAAGGAGGAGGUGGUAAAAUCAAACUCUUGGAAGCUGGAGCCUACCGAGAUCACAAUGUCGACAUCAACUUGAUAUCUCAUCCUGGCAUCACGGCGGAUACCGCUCUGAUGCGGACAUCUGCGUAUACCGCAUUUAAGGUUGAAUAUUUUGGACGUGAAGCCCAUGCCGCUGCAAGUCCUUGGCUAGGUAUUAACGCCCUUGAUGCGUUGAUCACGGCUUAUAAUUCAUUGUCCGUGCUCCGCCAACAAACGAUGCCGGGUGAUGUCAUCCAAGGAAAUAUCACUAAUGGCGGGGUUCGACCGAAUGUAAUCCACGCUUACACGGCUGGUAAUUUCGUGACGCGCGCCAAUACCCAAGACAGGGUUAAGGAAUUGAAGAAGAAGGUCGACGCCUGCUUCGAAGCUGGAGCGACGGCAACAGGUGCAACGCUGAAGAUGACUCCAGUACAAUCUUACGCUGACCACGUCCCUAAUCGAGUAUUGGGCGGUUCGUAUCGAAAGUACUUCAAUGCGCUGUCACCUCCGCGACCAAUCCCGGGAAACGAUGAUCAGGAUGAGGUCGAAGGUCGAACGAUGGCCAGUACAGAUCAAGGCGAUAUAAGCUAUGCGAUGCCUAGCUUAAGCGCAGGUUUCGCUAUCCCACCGGGUCCAGGAGGGAACGGGCCUCAUAAUCCUGAAUUUGCGAAGGCGGCCGGAACAAGAGUUGCAUUCGAGAGAUGUCUUCGAGUAGGAAAGGCUCUUGCUGGCACAGCCCUGGAUGUUCUAACAGAAGACGGACUCUUGGAAGAAGUGAAGAGGGCAUGGCGAAGAGAGAUUAAAGGGGAGUGACAUACCCCAAGAUGACUGUUCAUUUGUUCAAUUGUUCAUUCAGAGUGUCAAGAAAUGUGAUUGUAAUCUGGAGAUGUUUGGGGAAUUGGAGAAUUUAGGUAGCUUGGAAUUAUUAUUACGUGCACCUGUUCACACGGACAUAGUGCAUAGUGCCUGCCCAGAUUCAAUUGUACAACACAGUACGCAAGGAGUCACACUUGCCAGACUUGCAUUAUAUCAAUAUAAUAC